GGGGAGGCCAGCAACAGGGAAAUGCUGAGGGCGCUGGGGGAGGGAAUUCAGGGGUUAAAAGCCAUGGGUCCGGGUGAAGUUGGAGGCAGCUGGCGGCGAAGCUCCGCACCCGGGCCUCUUACCGAGGCCCCGCCCGCCCUGCUCCCCACCCCGGAGCUGCCAUGUGGCCCCUGGCCGCGGUGAUCGCCUUCUUGAUGGUGGCCUUGUCAGGCGGCAUCUCACAGGAAUAUCCCAAGAUUCUCAACGGCACCAAUGGGACCAGCGGGUUUCUCCCGGGUGGCUACACCUGCCGUCCCCACUCUCAGCCCUGGCAGGCAGCCCUGCUAGUGCAGGGGCGCCUGUUCUGUGGGGGAGUCCUGGUCCACCCCAAAUGGGUUCUCACUGCAGCACACUGUCUGAAGGAAGGGUACAGAGUUUACCUGGGCAAGCAUGCCCUGGGGCGCGUGGAGGCCGGAGAGCAGGUGAGGGAGGUAGUCCGCUCUAUCCCCCACCCUCAAUACCAGAUCAGCCCCACCCACCUGAACCAUGACCAUGACAUCAUGCUUCUGGAGCUGCAGUCCCCGGUCCAGCUCACGAGCCACAUCCGUGUCCUGCCUCUCUCCCACAACGACUGUCUCCCUGCUGGUACCUGCUGUCGGGUGUCUGGCUGGGGCACCACCACCAGCCCCCAGGUGACUUACCCCCAAACCUUACAAUGUGCCAACAUCCAGCUACGCUCAGAUGAGGAGUGUCGUCAAGUCUACCCAGGGAAGAUCACACCCAACAUGCUGUGUGCGGGCUCAAAGGAGGGCGGCAAGGACUCCUGCGAGGGCGACUCCGGGGGCCCCCUGAUCUGUAACGGAACACUCCAUGGCAUCAUCUCCUGGGGAGACUUCCCAUGCGGGCAGCCCAACCGGCCUGGUGUCUACACUCGAGUCUCUCAGUAUGUUCUAUGGAUUCGAGACACAAUUCGAAAACAUAGAACUCAGGAGCAGAAAUGGACGAAGAGCCCACAAUAAAAGCCAGAAGCAUCCAGUCACUCCCAGUAUCAUGGUGCCCCAGGUACUGCAUCCGGAAAUGCCUCGGUAUCCUCAACAUUCCAACCUGGACAAUGUUCCACGACUCCUGCUGUCAGCAUAACCCCAGAUGGCCAUCUGAAUGUUCUGUCUGUGGGACACCCUUAAUGCAUGCAUUGGCCCAUUUCAACCAUAUUUCAUGUCCUGUGAAUGGAACGUCCUUGACAACAUUCUACACCCCUUCAAAUAUUCAUUUAUUGCCAACAUUCUAGACACUUCUCUGUUUGGUGCUCAAGAAGGUUCUAAAUUUCCGUGAUAGUUCAUACUGAAAAUAUUCUCUUGUGUCCAGAAUCUGCCCCAACAAUAUUCUAGGUGCAUCUGAAUGAUUAAUCACAUCACAGCUAAUAUUAAAUCCUCAUAGAAGUUCAUUCUCACAUAGUUUGGGGUCUUCCAAGUGUCCUAUCCCCCACUUUGCCAGUAUUCCCUGUCCCUGAAUCCCUAUGCCUACAAAAAAAUCAAUAGUACACAAGAUUGGUGUUUUAGGGUUCAGUACCCAGGGGGCCUCCAUGUCUAGACCCUAUUAUCUGCCAAGUACCCUGUCCUUUUAUCUCCCCCACCAAGCACCUUUGUUCAAUGACCCCAAAUGCAGUAAUUAAAUGCUCAAGUCACCAAGUUCCUGCUUUGAACAAAACAGAACUCAGUGCCCCUCUAUAUUUUUUCAUCUGUAAAAGGAGCACAUUAUUUCUCCUCACAGCACUGUUAUGAUGAAUGUCAAGCAUUUCCACCCUUAUUAUUACUUGCAUGGUUCUCUAUAGAAUAUCACCUUAGGGUGUCAACAACAACCCCUCAAAUUUUCAGUGUCUAAAAAGUGUUACCUUUGGGGUGCCUGGGUGGUGCAGCUGGUAGAGCAUAUGACUCUUGAUCUCAGGGUCUGGAGUUCAAACCCCAUGCUGGGCACAGAACUUACUUAAAACAACAACAACAAAAAAAGUUACUUUUUUCAGCAUUUGUUCUGUGGUGACCAUCUGUAGGCACCCUCCUGGGUGUUGGUAAUACUUUAUUUGUUGUAUUGGUGCUGGUAAAUACUUUAUUUACCAAAUACCAGCACUUAUCACCAGGCACUGUUGCAGACACAGCUGCUAAACAGUUAAUUAGAUAAAACUUCUGCCUCAUAGAGCUCAUGUUCUUUGAAAGGAAACACAAUUAAAACAAAAAACAAGGAGAUAGACUGAAGUGGCAAUGUGAACCAUGGCAAAAAAGCAGAGAUAAAGGAUAAGGAAUGUUGGGUUGGGAGAGUGAGUGGAGUUAUUUUAUUUUUUAUGUAAGUUCCAUGCCCACAUGAUGCUUGCAAUCACAAACCUGAGAUCAAGUCACAUGCUCUACCAACUGAGUCAGCCAGAUGCCCCAGAAUUGCUAUUUUAAAUAGGUUGGUCUGGGGAAGAGACCUUAGGUGGUAACAUUAAAAAGCAAAAAAUAAAACAAACAAACAAAAACACGGAAGGAUGAAGGGAGAGAGGCAAGUGCACAUCUGGGAAGCAGCACCCCAUGCAGAGAACACCCAUGCAAAGGCCCUGAGGCAGGAGCCAGCCUGGCACAUCUGAUUUGGGAAGAUGGUGAAAAGGUUGGUGUGGAGGUGACUGCGCUUCAGGAGCUCAGGCAGGAGGUGAAGUUUCUUGGACCAGGUGAAGUUCUCAGGGAAGUUAAGGGGGGGCGCAGAUUCUGGAUCUGCUUGAAGAGAUUGUUGGACAGUGCUGACAUCAGAUGAGGAAUGUGAGAGAAAAGACAGCCAAGGAAACCUCAAGGCUUCAGCCUGAGCAACCGCAUACUAAACGGAGCUGCUAUUUACUGAAACUGGGGAAAUUUUGUUAGGAAGAGAUGCAGAGAAAUACUGGGAGUUUUUGUUUUGAACUGUUUACCAGUCAAGUGGCAAUAAACUCUGCCCUCGAGGAACCUGGGUGGCUCAGUCCUUAAGCAGCUGCCAUCGGUUCAGGUCAUG